UUCUCCAUUUAAAAAAAAAUCUAACAUAGUGAAAGUGCGAGAGAACAAGAAUGACAAGCAGCUACUUAAUCGUUCUUCUACUAGUGAUAUCAUCGACAUCAACAUCAUCAACAAGAGAGCAAGAGGAGGACAGGAUCAAGGAACUUCCAGGGCAACCAAAAGUAGGAUUCUCACAGUUUUCCGGCUACGUUACUGUGAACGAGUCACACGGUCGAUCACUUUUCUACUGGCUCACCGAGUCAUCUUCUUCCCCUAAGAACAAACCACUUCUUCUUUGGCUCAAUGGAGUUGUAGGACCGGGAUGCUCGUCGAUUGGGUAUGGAGCUUCGGAGGAAAUUGGACCGUUUAGGAUCAAUAAAACCGGUUCUAGUCUCUACCUCAACAGCUUUUCUUGGAACACAGAAGCAAACAUAUUGUUUCUGGAAUCGCCAGUUGGAGUUGGAUUUUCGUACACUAACACAAGCUCUGAUCUUAAGGAUUCCGGAGACGACCGGACUGCUCAGGAAAAUCUGAUAUUUCUUAUCAAAUGGAUGUCAAGAUUUCCUCAAUAUCAAUACAGAGAUUUCUACAUUGCUGGUGAAAGCUACGCCGGGCAUUAUGUUCCUCAGCUUGCUAAAAAGAUCUAUCAUUAUAACAAAACCUUCAACAAAAGCAUAAUCAAUCUCAAGGGAUUCAUGGUUGGUAACGGAGAUACGGACAGGCAUUACGACAGAUUAGGAGCCGUCACGUACUGGUGGUCACACGCAAUGAUUUCGGACAGGUCCUACAACUCUAUCCUCAAGCACUGCAGUUUUACGGAGAAUACUAACUCUAACGAGUGUGAUUACGCACUCUACUACGCCACGGUCGUUGAGUUCGGCCAAGUCAAUGGGUACAGCAUCUACUCACCUUUAUGUGUACCAAAAACCAACCAGACCAAGUUCAUGCAUGGAGGGAUUUUGGUAGAGGAAGAAGACCCUUGUACGGAGAGCUACGCAGAGAUAUAUUAUAACCGUCCUGAUGUUCAGCGAGCCAUGCACGCUAAUCUUACCUCCAUUCCCUAUAAGUGGACCGUUUGCAAUGAAAUUUUGUUUAAGUACUGGGACUGGGGCAAUUCUGACCAUUCCAUGUUGCCCACAUACAAGGAACUCAUGGCCGCUGGUUUGAGGAUAUGGGUGUUUAGCGGGGAUACAGACUCGGUGGUUCCAGUGACUGCGACUAGACUUUCCAUUAGCCAUCUAAAUCUUACGGUGAAAACCCGCUGGUACCCUUGGUACUCUGGGAACCAGGUUGGAGGAUGGACAGAGGUAUACGAAGGGCUAACCUUUGCAACGGUGAGAGGGGCCGGACAUGAAGUUCCCGUGUUGCAACCAGAGCGUGCUCUCAUUCUUUUAAGAUCGUUCUUGGCUGGUAAAGAGCUUCCAAGAUCUUAUUAGUUUAACAAACGAAGGAGAGAAGGCUUUCCUGCAUAACUCGAGAGUAAACUCGAUGUUUUCUUUUCCUAUUUUCCUGUUUAGAAUUGGUUCAUUUCUGGCCAUCCUAAGAUGUCUCCAAGAUUUCAGUGUUCUUAUAUUUGAAAUUGAUACAAGAAGAAUUGUGUUGAUAUUCCACAUUAUACCGAAGGGAACAAUAUAAUAAGAGAGAAAAACUUUUAGAUC